GGACGAUGAUGAGGCUUAGAUUCGGUUUAUUGGGACACAUACAAUCUGCACUCCCUAGGAAUCGAAACAAAGUGCUACAAUCUACGUCUUAUUCCACUCAGCCAAACGAUAAAGAAGACGCUCAAGAAGAUUCUCUUAGUUCAGCUGAUGCGACUUGGAAGACGAUAUUCAGUACACUAGACAAUAACGCAUCUCAAUCACAGCGUCAGGAGAUUAGAAACUUACAACCCGCGGACAAUUUUCCACCUCUGAUCGAUAGACGUCGACAACUUUCAAAGACAAAGACAAACAUUACAGCUCAGGAGUCACAGAUCUUUGAAGAUAUUCUUAACCUUCUAUUCCAACAUUCACCAACUAGCAAUCAAAAUCCAGACAAAUUACCGAGAAGACCGAAAGUUAAGCAGUCUGAUACAGACCUCCUCCUAGAUAAGGCGAGGGAGGAUUUAUUAGCAUGUGCGAAUGAUGUGGACCUCUUCAAUUGGUGUAAGACGAAUGUAUUAGAUGUUGAUUCAACAACCCCCACACUUCCGUAUCUACUCACUGAUUUGAUGGCCAUCUUCAGGGAUACCUACAACAAUCCACACCUCACACUGUCACUUUUCAAACAUGUCAAAAGCAAAGGAGUAUAUCAUUACGUCUUGGGAUGUACAACUCCAGCAUAUAAUGAGCUGAUAGCAACAAAAUGGAAAUCAUUUGGUGAUUUGAAUGGAGUUAAAGAUACCUUAGAAGAAAUGCUCACUAAUGGUGUUAAGAGAGAUAGUAGAACUGAGCAGCUGGUCGAAGAUAUUCGUAAUGAUGUUAUGAAAAUGUUCGAUAAUGAAAUCACCGAGCAGAUGGCUAGCACUUUACUCAGGAUGGAGUACACCUCAUCUAGACCUAUGAAGAAAUAUUCAAGACAUUUGUAAUUUAUUUGUAUAAAAAUUUCAUUGAUCCCACAAGACAUCUGCGUCAUUCGUGUGAAGAUCUCUU